UUUGUUACUAGUUGUUCAAGUAGAGUAAUCACUUUUUAUUUCCGUGUGCGUGGAAGAACAUCAAAUCCAAUGAGCUGAAAACAAUUCAAUUCCAAAUCUCAUCUCCACGCAGACCACAACUCUCAUGGAUCUUCUCUUUCUCUUUGUAGCUUGAACAACACAUACCUAUCAAAGUUCAGACUCUUUUCUCUUUCCAUUUCAAAGUUCUCUCUCAGGUGGGAAAGGUGAAAGCAUAUUGUGCUUCUCAAAUUCUGUUUUCUUUGAUGUUGGGAUCCUAGCUCAGUUGUAAUUGAAGGAGCCUCAUCACUUGGUGGGGUGGGAAAGUAUAUGCAACUAUGCACAAUGCAUAUUUUUCUUCAACCAUAUAUGGUGUCAGCUGCAAAGAAUCACUCCCUUUAUCUUUCAAUGGCUACUCGAACCUAUGGUAUGAAAGAUUUGACAGAACCUCGUCAAACUGUUCGUCAUGCCGUGGUUGUUGUGACUGUUGUGCUCUUUCCACCUAUAGAGUACCUGUAAAGCCUUGUCUUCUAAAUGGGUUGAGACAGUCCACUCUCCUUCAGUUGUCAGCAACUAGGAGGUUUAUUUUCAGAGGUGAAAACCUUUACUGUUCUCGGGUUCCUUAUGGUCUUGUUAGAGGCUCUUGUGAGCUUAAGUGCUCUACCAAUGAAAGAAAUAUUUGCAAUACAAGUAGAAGAAGUAGAAUAAAGGAAAGAUGUGUUUGCUCAGCCUCACAGAAAGGGAGAGAAAGAGAAGAUUUCCCUUCAUUUGUUUCUGAUGAAUCUGAAUUAGUUCUUAGCUUUUUGAGCGAGGAAGCGGAUAAAGAUGCUACAUGUGCCAAAUCAAAGAAUGUGUCUUCAUCCAACAGAAUGGAAGCCAAGAAGAAGAUAAAUAAUGUGAGUAGAGAGAGACAUUUCAAUUUGAGUGAGAAAACAAAAACAAAGAAAAAGGGAAAUUUGAAGCAGCAUGAAGUAUCCUCCAUCGAUUUGAGAAGAGAAUGCGAAAUAAAUGACACUGAAAAGGAAGCCUUUACAAAAGGUGAAAACUGUAAGAAACAGAGAGAUAUGUCUAGCUGUUCAUCUUAUUACACACUUUCGUCCGGAGAUUUCGAGAAUGACGUCGAAGUGCAGCAUAAUAUGGGUUUGGAAGAAUUUUCGCUGGGAUAUGAGGAGGAUGAAGCAAACUGCGUGGAGGGAAACGUAAAGGAAGAAUUCAACAGGCAAAGAGUUGACCAAAAGAAGGUGCACGACGUUUCAAAUAAAGAAAGAAUUGUACCUGGUGCAGAUAUUGAUUGGAAUAUAAGAAAGAAGUCCGAAAAAAUGCUGACUGAGGGAGCUCUUCAGGAAACUGACACCACAAGAUAGGACCAAUAUAUGCAUCGAAAAGGAUCUACAAUGCAUGAAUCUGGUUAUGGAAAAGCUUCUAUUUCACAGAAGCAAGUCCACAGUGAGGAAGAUAAUUCAUCUUUUGUAGAACAUUUGGAUAAGAAAACAAACAAGGCAUACAUUCAAACAGGAAACAGAAGAAAGAA